AUGACAUCUGUCUCCCGGCCUAACCUCCGCUUCGGCGCGGUCGAAGGCUCUCCUAGGAUGGGACCGCCUGCUGUCCCAGCUAACCAGCAACAGCAGCCACAGCAAGCACAGCAGCAACAACAACAGCAACAGGCUUCCCUCGGUGUAGGCCCUUCUAGCAACUCGCGGGGGCCUUCGCCGCAUGCUUCUCCUUCUCCCAUUCCACAGCCCUUGGCCAGCGGUGGUCGUCCCCCGUCUUCUCUCCAGGGCUCAGGGAAUAACUUGAAUUUCAUAGCUGAUAUGGACCAAAAUGACCAGCGAAACAUGAGGCCAAAUCACCAGCCAUAUAGGCCGCAUCCGAACACUCGAGGCGGUCCGAACAUGAAUGCUCGAUACAACAACACCCAGCAACGGCCGUACGGUGGCUACCCGAACCCUCCACAUCAGCACCGGCAUCAAAAUCAUCACCAACACCAGCACCAGCACCAGCAUCAGCAUCAGCACCAGCACCAACAGCCCGGAUCGAGCCCCGCGCUCUCCCACACGAACCCGGCUACUCCCCAGAUGGCUCCCGUGCCCAUGACAAACCCGCAGAUGCAGCCCCAGCAGUAUGGUGCUUAUCCUCAGCCCAUGGCAGCUCAACAAGUAAAUCAGCAUCCGUUCCCUUCUUCCUCUUCUUCCUCAUCUUCCUCCACCAAGUUUCACAGCAAACGCCGCUCUUCUUAUCACAAAAAGCACUUCUCUUCCUCACACUAUACCCCUGCUCCUCCUUACCAUCAUCCCCAUCACAAUGGCCCCAUUCCCCUUCCUCCUACUCCUUCACUACCCCCUCCGCCACCACCUCCUCCUCACCAAUUAACGCAUCAAUCAUAUCAACCCCCUUCUUAUGAGCCUCCAUCCCUUCCUCCACAACUACAUCCGCUCCCUACUCCCCCUCCUCAAGUUUCCUCACCAAUUACUACGGCGGAACUGCCACCACAAGAAGAGCAGCAGCGGCCUUCUCACAUAUGCCUCUCGCCGGAAAGCGGCAAUUUUGAACAUCUUCUAACCAAAUUCAAAUCUCAGGGCUACCCUCCUUACGAUAACAAUGCCUACUACUACCCUGGCCAAUACAGCAUGCAGCCCAUGCCCAUGGUUCCCUCUUCUCCUCGAAACAGUUACGGAAUCCCUCAACAACCUUAUAUGCCAGGCCAGUACGCCGCUCAGCCACACCAGAUGCCCCAGGGUGUACCCAUCGCCAGAUCUUCCUCUCAAUUGUCUGCCACUGACCGGCCCGGUAGCAGCCUCAGCCAGGUGCCUCCAGCUCCCGGCCCAGGCGGCCCCGGACACCAUCACACUAACAGCCGCAACAACAAUGGAAGCCCCGUCAACCAGUCCCCCUUCGUCGUACCAAAGAAACACAGCCCUCUGAUCAUCCGUGACCCUGGCAGCGGUGCUGUCGUAAAGCCGUCAAGCUCGCCUGCCCGUGGAUCCGCCUCUCCUGCUAAGCCAGGUGUUACACCUACUUCCACCCCGCCACCUCGCACCGCCAGCCGCGGAGAACCAGAUGCCACUGAUGCUAAAUCUCAGACCGGUGAGGAGAAGAAGCAGAGCUUCCAGAAUGCCGUUGUCCAGAGCCUUCGGGAGAAGGAAGCCGCUGCUUCAAAGGCCGAGGAGAAGGCUGCUACCGAGAAGCCUGCCCCCAAGCCAGAAACAAUCCCUGCUCCGGCUCCGGCUCCGGCUCCAGCUGCUACUCCCGCCCCUGCAAAGGAAGAGGAGAAGAAGAAGGAGGAAGAGGAGAAAGUGGUGGUAAGCGAACCCGCUAAGGCCGCUGAAGAGGAUGAGAUCGAUUUUGAUGCCAUUGAGAGGGAGAUGGCUGAGAUCGAAGCCCGAGAAGCCGCUGCUGAGAAGGCCUACCAAGAGAAGAAGGCCAGGGAGAAGGCCGAAGCUGCUCUCAAGGCAAAGGAGAGAGCUGCUGCUGAGGAGGAGGAGCUCAAGAAAGCUGAGCGAGAGGCUGAGGCCGCCGAGGAGGCUCGUAUCAAGAAACUCGAGUCUGGCGAGAACGAUGCAGACAGAAAGGAGCGUGAAUCGCUCUUUGCUUCUCUUAGGGGCAAAUCAGCCACCCCUGCAGACACCCCAGCCGUUGCUACUCCCUCCGAGAGCGGCGCCGCAACUCCAGUCUCCGAUACCUCGAUGGGACCACCACAGCAGAAACUUCUCGCCGGCGGUGUUGGAAAGCGUGAGAAACCCGCCUCUCUCAAGCUCGAGACAAAUAAGCAGGUCGAACCACCACAGCCUAGCGCGGCUAUGAAAUCUCUGCACUCCGCUCGAUUCCUCGAAGACCCAAGCAACGUCGCCUACCCACCCUCCAUUGUCUCACCCAACCCGGCACUCAACAACAACGCCCCCGCAGACCGCAAGUUCAAAUACAACAAGGAAUUCUUGCUGCAGUUCCAGAACGUUUUCAAGGAGAAGCCCUCCGUCGACUGGGAUGCUCGUGUCCGUGAGACUGUUGGUGAUGGAUCUACUGAUUCUGCUCGUACCCCCGUCCGCACUCCUGGCCCUCGAUCUGGUGCUAGCCGUGGUCCUGCUCAAGGCCCCAUGAUGGGCCAAUUCAACAAUCCUGUGCGAACACAUACACUCCCCGCCGGCUCCGAUAGAUUCCCCGUCAUGAACGCUCCUCGAGGCUCGUCCAAGGGCGGCAACCCGUUCGGCCAAUUCGGCCCCCUCAACCCCAUGGGCGCUCGAUCUGCCUCCGCCGCUGGCUCACAGCUUGGUGGCUCCCGUAACCCAAGCCACAGAGGUGCUCGCACCGGAAGCAGGCAACAGAAGAAGAAGGAGGAGGAAUUGAGCAAGACAAUGCCUCUAACUGCCAACGCCGACAUCAAGCCUCUCAACACCUCCAAUUCCGGCUGGAAACCACGCAGCAUAGGCAGCAAGGGACCAGGUGCUGCUCCAGAUGGCCAUCUACCACCAGAUGUUGUACAGGGUAAAGUCAAGAGUAACCUGAACAAGAUGACACCCGAGAACUUCGACAAGAUAUCCGGCCAGAUCCUCGACAUUGUCGCUCAAUCCAAGGACGAGUCCGACGGCCGCACCCUUCGCCAAGUCAUCCAGCUCACCUUCGAAAAGGCCACCGACGAAGCUCACUGGGCAUCCAUGUACGCCAAAUUCUGCAUGCGUAUGCAUGAAAGCAUGAGCCCUGAAAUCAAGGACGAAAACAUCCGUGACCGCAACGGCACCAUCGUAGCGGGAGGCAGCUUGUUCCGCAAAUACCUACUUAACCGCUGUCAGGAAGAGUUCGAGCGAGGCUGGAAAGUCAACAUGCCCGAGAAGCCUGAGGGUGUUACUGAAGAGGUUGCCAUGAUGUCUGAUGAAUACUACAAGGCUGCGGCCGCCAAACGACGUGGUCUCGGUCUAGUCAAGUUUAUUGGUGAGCUGUUCAAGCUGGGCAUGUUGACGGAACGAAUUAUGCACGAUUGCGUUAAAAGACUGGUUGAUUAUGACGGUGUGCCUGAUGAGGCAGAAGUUGAGAGUUUGGCCAGUUUGUUGAGAACUAUUGGUGCUAGUUUGGAUAGCUCGGAGAAGGGACAUGCGAUGAUGGAUGCAUACUUCGGUCGUAUCAAGUUGAUGAUGGACACAACCGAGUUGCAGAGCAGACAUCGCUUCAUGCUUAUGGAUGUUAUUGAUUUACGAAAAGCCAACUGGGUAUCAAAGGAUGCCGACAAGGGUCCCAAGACCAUUGCUGAGAUCAGAGAAGAUGCUGCCCGCGCUCAACAAGAGCAAGAACUCGAAAGAGCCCGCCAACAAGCCAACAGAGGCGGUGGCGGUGGUGGACGCAUGCACCUUGGCCGUGGUGACGCCCGUAACUUCGGCAGCUACGGCGCCCAAGUACCUCCACCAGAUUACUCCAACAAAGUCGGCAGUGAUGAUCUACGUCGUCUAAAGACAGGCAGAAAUACCAACCAGCCCGCUUCCUUCAGCCCAUCUGGCCUACUUGGCUCAAGGAGCGGAAGCGGACGAAGAAAUCUAGGACCUGGAGGAAACCUCGUGCGAGGCGGCGAGGAUAGCGGCGCAAGCAGCCGCACCGGAACACCGCCAGCCGGAAAGGAGAAGAAAGAUGAGUCUUCUCAAAAUGCAUUCGGUGCCCUAGCAGGUCUGGACGCAGGCGAUUCCUUAGCAACCUCCCCAUAG